GAGCUAGAGCAGACACCACCCUGAUAGCUGGACUCAUAGAAAAAACAGGAAAUUGGAACAUGCUGAACAGCAAAUGACUCACGCCGUCACUCACUCGAAACAGCAUGCCUUAGAAACAAGGCGAACACGUAUUCCUCCGUUAUGGACCGCGAAGGCUUCUGUAAAUUGACCAAACAUGGCGCAUGCCUGUAUGGUAAGUUGAGGUCUUGCUCAACGGAGUCAAUCAGCCUUAUUUUGCUGUAUGAAGAAAAAAACAGGAUGUAUUAGUGGGUUAUAUAAAAUGAAAUAAAUGAGAAGAGAUUAGCUGGGUUUUAGAACAAAGGAGAAAACGCAAACGAAACAAAAUGUGGGUUCAGUAUUUGCUAUCCGGUGGCAAUGGCUGUCCUUGUUUUGUAACCAGGCGCUGUAUGCAGUUUCUUUUCCGACAUCGCGUGUCAAAUGCAGAUUUUUUCCAUUCAAAAACGUUCAGUAUUGGAGUUCUGAAUUCAUCUACCCGCCUGCAAGCCAACACACUCAAGCGGCGCCUUCACACCACGAGCCUACAUUGGAACGCGACUCCCAUCCGUUUCCACGUCACGUCCACUGCGGUGGCUAAAGACGUGAUCCUGUUCGAGCACGACCGAACAAGGUUCUUUCGGCUGCUAUCACUGUUCUGUGCGGGUCAGCUCCUCUUCUGGACCUACCUGGCCCACUUCGCGUUCACCAGUCUCCGGGACACGCGGAGUGCUAAGUCACGGGAGGACACUGCAAUUGCAGGGGGGCUUUUCGGUGUAGAGGCGAAUUUAGGCUCUAAUUCGUGGAGAUACGGAUUCACCGUUGCUUGCCUGGCUGUGGGUGGAGCAAUUGUGGGCCUUGGGGUUGUCUUCUGCUGUCGCUCUGUCAGCCAGGUGAUCUUGCACAAAGGUGGUGGAGCGGUCACCGUGGCGACGCAGUCACCCCUGGGAUUGGACAAGGCCAGACGCCUGACCGUGCCUCUAGCCCAAGUGGCCUGUUAUGCCCACAGACAGGAGUCUCCCUCUUUCAUUCCUCUCCGGGUCAAAGGUCAUAGGUUAUACUUCCUGCUCGAUAAGGAGGGGACUCUGAACAAUCCCAAACUGUUUGAUAUUACUGUAGGUGCAUACAGGCCACUCUGAGUGUGUGUAUGUGUUAGUCCUCCAUUUGUCAUAUCCUCAUUGUGUUCAGUUUUUGUAACUUGUAGAUAAGUCUUGGCAGAGUGCAAAGUGUAAAUCAGAUGUCAAAGCUGUGUACGGCUCUUCUUAGAUAAAUGGAACAAGUUAUUUAAACCCACACAAGUUGAAAAGACAUUUUGUGAUGGAACUUUACAGCAAAAUUCAGUAAGAAAAUUAAAGCGAGAAAAUAAGUUUCAAAGCCGUUUAUUUUAUAAAAAAAACCUCACCAGACCUUUCUUGCAAAGACAGAAACCGGGAGAGACAGCAGUGCUGAGUACUAUCAGUCAGUUGGUAUUUCUCUGCUACACUGAUUAUUAGUGUCCUCUGUACUUCUCUUCAUCUACACAUGUUCUACACACUUAAAUGUGUACUGGGCUCUUUGGUAAGGCGUCCGGUUGAGAACACUGUCAGUGUAUGGAAGACAAAAUGGCUUUCCCCAGACAUCUUCCACUAGGAAUGAUUUGUGGUAAACAAACAGAAGCAUCUGGAGUCCUCAAGUAGCAUUCUGAGUAAGCUGUGGGAGGAAGGUAGAAACAGCUACCUGGGUACUGCAGUCCUCCUGUGUAGAAUAAAUACCUGCAUCCCCCCACAAAGAACUCCUGCUUGCUUACCAUG